CACUUCUUUCCUGCUCCCCUAAGGCUUACAGAAGGUUGUUAGAACUAGGACUGCCUGGGAGGUACUGACCUGGUGGCCACGACCUCUCCCAGGUCCCAGCUUCUCUUAGAACACAAAAGAGAGCUAUAGAGGGUGGAGAGCCCUUCUUCCUUGACGAGACUGGGCACACUGGACAGGGGCCUAGCCUGGCCCCAGUGAUUAGAGAAAGAACAGCCAUGGCUCCAAAGCGCAAGCCCCAGGUGCAGCUUGAGGGUCCUGAGAAGAAGAAGGGGCGGCAGGGGGCAGAAGAGGAGGACAGUUUCCAUUCCACUGCUGAGGCCCUCAGGGCCGCACCCACAGAGAAGCAUAUAGCCCGAGUGGACCCCCUGUACCCCCUCAGCUGCAACCCUGGGACCCAGGUGCAUGAAGACUAUGACUGUACCCUGAACCAGACCAACAUUGGGAGCAACAACAACAAGUUCUACAUCAUCCAGCUGCUGGAAGAAGGUGACUGCUUCAUCUGCUGGAACCGCUGGGGACGCGUGGGAGAGGUGGGCCAGUCAAAGCUCAGCCGCUUCGUGUCACUGGAGGAUGCAAAGAAGGACUUUGAGAAGAAAUUUCGGGACAAGACCAAGAACAGCUGGGCAGAGCGGGACCACUUUGUGGCCCACCCCGGCAAGUAUACACUUAUCGAAGUACAGAGAGAGGACGAGGCCAAGGAAGCCGUGGUGAAGGUAGAUGGAGGCCCAGUGAGGACCGUGGUUCAGCAGGUGCAGCCCUGCUCCCUGGAUGCAGCCACACAGCAGCUCAUCACCAACAUCUUCAGCAAGGACAUGUUCAAGAAUGCCAUGGCCCUCAUGAACCUGGAUGUGAAGAAGAUGCCACUGGGGAAGUUGAGCAAGCAGCAGAUUGCCCGGGGUUUCGAGGCCUUGGAGGCAGUGGAGGAGGCUCUGAAAGCUCCUGCAGAUGGUGGCCUCAGCCUGGAGGAGCUGUCCUCCCACUUCUACACCGUCAUUCCCCACAACUUUGGCCGCAGCCGGCCCCCGCCCAUCAACUCCCCCGAGCUUCUGCAGGCCAAGAAGGACAUGCUGCUGGUGCUGGCGGACAUCGAGCUGGCCCAGACCCUGCAGGCAGCCCCCGAGGAGAUGAAGAAAGUGGAGGAGGUGCCACACCCACUGGACCGAGAUUACCAGCUCCUCAAGUGCCAACUCCAGCUGCUGGACCCAGAGGCACCUGAGUACAAGGUGAUACAUUCCUACUUGCAACAGACUGGCAGGAACUACAGAUGCCCUGCUCUUCAACAUAUUUGGAAAGUGAAUCGAGAAGGGGAGGGAGAUCGGUUCCAGGCCCACGCCAAGCUGGGUAAUCGGAAGCUACUGUGGCAUGGCACCAAUGUGGCUGUGGUGGCCGCCAUCCUCACCAGUGGGCUCCGCAUCAUGCCACAUUCUGGUGGCCGAGUUGGCAAGGGCAUCUACUUCGCCUCAGAAAACAGCAAGUCAGCUGGCUACGUUACUGGAAUGUCCUGUGGGCCCUAUGACAUUGGCUACAUGUUCCUGGGUGAGGUGGCAUUGGGCAGAGAGUACCACAUCACCGUUGAUGAGCCCAGCUUGAAACAACCACCAACUGGCUUCGACAGUGUCAUUGCCCGCGGUCACACAGAGCCUGAUCCAGCCCAUAACACCGAGCUGGAGCUGGAUGGCCAGCGUGUGGUGGUGCCCCAGGGCCGGCCCAUGCCCUGCCCAGAGUUCAGCAGCUCCAGCUUCUUCCAGAGCGAGUAUCUCAUCUACCAGGAGAGCCAGUGCCGCCUACGCUACCUGCUGGAGGUUCGCCUCUGAGCUGUCCGCCUGCUCUGCCCCCGCCAUCCACCGCCAGGAGCUAGACCGCCAUCCUCAAUCUUCCUCCCUCCCUGGUGCCCCGAUAUCACCCCUCCUCACUCUCAGAUCCCCCUCCCUCUAAUCCUUGUUGGUCCUGGCAUGGCUGUGGCCUCAGUCUCGCCUCUUAAGGUGAUGGGCGUAAUGGACUGGCAUUAUUACUGGGACACGGACACAACACCCUACUUAAGGCUGUGUCGUUAGAGGGCACAGGCUGAGAGUGAGUAGGCCCCACGUCUAGCUGGGCUGCCCACCCUGGCCCAGACUGUCCAUCCGAGAGAGGCGUGAGCACCGAGGUGGGCGGAACUUCAGGCCUGCACCGGCAAGUGCAUUAAACACUGUAUUGGCUCACCUCCUGGCCUCUGCUUGUCUGUGCCACAGCUGCACCAGGCCUGGGCCUUCUUGUUCUCCACGGUGGCCCUCCACACCAUACAGCAGCUCCAGCUCCACGCCAGGGAGCGACCACUCACACGCCUGGACGUGGGUCACACACACCCUCUCAGUCACCCUGGUCAGUCUGUGUUGGUCACGGCAACAACUGGCCUCCUCUGAUCAUUGAGCCUCCAAAGGGACCCUCCUCCUCAACUCAGAACUGUCAUGUGGGGACGCACCUGGUGAUUCUGUCCUUCAGCCCAGACAUGGCCAGGCGAAUCAAGCGCUCCUCAUGUCUUGGCAUCAAACACACAUGUGUGUCUGCCCUCUGAGUAUUAUAAGUGAGUUGAGGAUAUCUGUGAGGGGUACAGCCCUGAUGAACGAAAGGGAUGCUAGUUAUCACCCCAGGUUACCCUGUCCACAAAUGAGAGACAGGAGCAGGCCCAGUGCAGUGUUACACACUGCGUUUAAUUGUCAUGUCUCUCUGGUCUCCUUUCAUCUGAAACCAUGCUUCAGCCUGUUGUUUUUUCCUUUAUAACUUUGACACUCUCGACAUUCCUGAAGAGUACAGGCCAGUUGUUUUAUGGACUAUCUCUCAGUUCAGAUUUGUCUGAUGUUUUGCAGUGACUAGAUUCAGACACUGCAAUCUGGGCAGGAACUUUACGUGAAUGCUGUGUCCUCAGUGCACUAGGUCAGGAGGGACAUGUCCCAUUCUUGGUGAUGUAACUUUGGUUGCUCAAGGUCGUGUCCACCGGGUUUCUCCACUGGGAAGUUAAUGUUUCCCCCAUUUGUUAUUAAUCAGUAAUCUAUGGGGAAAUAUUUUGAGGUAUAAAUGUCCCAUACCUCAUCAACUUUCAUCUACCAGCUUUAACAUCCAAUGAUGAUUUUUACCUGAAAUUGAUGACUUGAAUCAACUUUUGCUAAGAUAGUUGCAAAUGAUAGUUAUCUAAUUCCAUCAUUUCUUCUAUAUUUAUUACUCAUAGUCCCCUUUCUUUAUUAUCAGUAUGGAUUUGUGGGUUCCUAUUUUAUGCAGUGGGUUAUAAUCCAUUACUGUUAUUAUUUCGAUCCUCAGAUUGUCUCAGCUUUGGCCAGCAGAAGGUCCUUCAAGCUGAUGCCUGUGUCUACAUCAUUUUAUGAGUACUUCCUUAUGUUCUGGUAUCACACAAUGUUCCAGGCUCAUCUUGCACAAACCUAGAAUCAGCCAUUUCUCCAAGGAGCCCUGGUUCCCUAGAGCAGGGAAUGGUAUUUAGAACCCAAGAUCUGGGCAGUAGGUAUGCUCUUUGGUACUGGGUGUCAUUGCUUUUAAGUCUCAGUAGCAAAGAGGACUAGGAAAUAUGUAUAUGUAAAUAAAUACAUCUAUCUGUGUCUGCUUCUCCAAUUCCAAUCCAACACCACAGGGUCCUUCCAUUCUUCCUCAAAUCCAUAACUAUACUCCCUUCACCAACAGUCAGAACCUUGGUUCUCAUCAAUAUCAAUAUAUUUACUUAUUUGCUCAGUCUCACACAGAAAGCAGUUUCAGAAUUGCUACACCCAUACUAUUGUGAAAAACAAACUU